AACAUGGUUCACUCCAGCAUGGGGGCUCCAGAAAUAAGAAUGUCUAAGCCCCUGGAGGCCGAGAAGCAAGGUCUGGACUCGCCGUCAGAGCACGCAGACACCGAAAGAAAUGGACCUGACACUAACCAUCAGAACCCCCAAAAUAAGACAUCCCCAUUUUCUGUGUCCCCAACUGGCCCCAGCACCAAGAUCAAGGCUGAAGACCCCAGUGGUGACUCAACCCCAGCAGCACCCCCGCCCCCGCAGCCGGUUCAGCCUCAUCUGCCCCAGGCCCAACUCAUGUUGACAGGCAGUCAGCUAGCUGGGGACAUACAGCAGCUCCUCCAGCUCCAGCAGCUGGUGCUCGUGCCUGGACACCACCUCCAGCCGCCUGCUCAAUUCCUGCUGCCGCAGGCCCAGCAGAGUCAGCCAGGUCUGCUACCGACGCCAAAUCUAUUCCAGCUACCUCAGCAAACCCAGGGGGCUCUUCUGACCUCCCAGCCCCGGGCCGGGCUUCCCACACAGCCCCCCAAAUGUUUGGAGCCCCCGUCCCAUCCUGAGGAGCCCAGUGACCUGGAGGAGCUGGAGCAGUUUGCCCGCACCUUCAAGCAGCGCCGCAUCAAGCUGGGCUUCACGCAGGGUGAUGUGGGUCUGGCCAUGGGCAAGCUGUAUGGCAAUGACUUCAGCCAGACGACCAUCUCCCGCUUCGAGGCCCUCAAUCUGAGCUUCAAGAACAUGUGCAAACUCAAGCCCCUCCUGGAGAAGUGGCUCAAUGAUGCAGAGACAAUGUCUGUGGAUUCGAGUCUGCCCAGCCCCAACCAGCUGAGCAGCCCCAGCCUGGGUUUUGACGGGCUCCCCGGCCGAAGACGCAAGAAGAGGACCAGCAUUGAGACAAAUGUCCGCUUCGCCUUAGAGAAGAGUUUUCUAGCGAACCAGAAGCCUACCUCAGAGGAGAUCCUGCUGAUCGCAGAGCAGCUGCAUAUGGAGAAGGAAGUGAUCCGCGUCUGGUUCUGCAACCGGCGCCAGAAGGAGAAACGCAUCAACCCCUGCAGUGCGGCCCCCAUGCUGCCCAGCCCUGGAAAGCCGGCCAGCUACAGCCCCCACCUGGUUACACCCCAAGGGGGCGCAGGGACCUUGCCGUUGUCCCAAGCUUCCAGCACUCUGAGCACAACAGUUACUACCUUAUCCUCAGCUGUGGGGACGCUGCACCCCAGCCGGACAGCUGGAGGGGGUGGGGCCGGGGGCGGGAGCGCGCCCCCUCUCAAUUCCAUCCCCUCUGUCACUCCCCCACCCCCGGCCACCACCAACAGCACAAAUCCCAGCCCUCAAGGCAGCCACUCAGCUAUCGGCUUGUCGGGCCUGAACCCCAGCACGGGCCCUGGCCUCUGGUGGAACCCUGCCCCUUACCAGCCUUGAUGGCAGCGGGAACCUGGUGCUGGGGGCAGCCGGCGCAGCCCCGGGGAGCCCCGGCCUGGUCACCUCACCGCUCUUCUUGAACCACGCGGGGCUGCCUCUGCUUAGCGCCCCGCCCGGCGUGGGGCUGGUCUCUGCAGCCGCUGCGGCUGUGGCGGCCUCCAUCUCCAGCAAGUCUCCUAGCCUCUCAUCUUCCUCGUCCUCCUCAUCCUCCUCAUCUUCCUCGUCCUCCUCCUCCACUUGCAGCGAGGUGGCAGCACAGACCCCCGGAGGCCCAGGGGGACCAGAGGCUGGAUCCAAGCCCGAGUGAGGGCCUUCGGGCCUCCCUCCUGUUCCUCUGACCCCGCCUAGGUGACCUGCCUGCAAAGAGGGCAAGGAGACCAGCGGUCAGGGUGUUCAGAGGAUCCCCAAAGCUGGAGAGACAAGGGAGGAAAGACCAAAAAAUCCCCCAACACAACCAAAAAACCCCCCCAAACCAACCAACAAACCAAAAAGAAUUGCAACAGAAACCAGCUGCCGCAAAGGAACCAGAGGUGAAAACCAAAACAAAAUAACCCUCACCAAACCAAAAACCAAACCAAAAA